CUUCAAGCUUGUUGUAUCUCGUCAUUCGAUGUCUUCAUCCACAUCAGAUGAUUCCAACAACACUAAAGGAACACAGAAGCUCUUUGUUCAUCAGUCCCAGUGAAAAUACCCAAUCUACCCAACCUACCCAACCUGUGGAUGACGUGAUGUUCAUUUCAAAUUGCACAUCGCUCUAAGCCUUGUAACCAUCUCGCCAUUCACUCCGCGCUCAUUAUGGGAUCAGUCUCAAUGGAGAAGCCUCUGCCUUUCGGGCCAUUUGAACCCACUGUCAUUCUUCAUGGCGGAGCAGGAUCAAUUUCUCGGGCCAGCCUGCCUCCGGAACUAUGGGGGCGAUAUCGAAGCUCACUUCUCAGAUACCUGACCGAUACGCGAAAAUUGCUGGAUUCAGGAGCAUCUGCGCUCGACGCAGCCUGUGUUGCGGCUACCUGGUUCGAGGAUGACCCCCUAUUCAACUGUGGCCGUGGCUCGGUCUUUACUGAGCAAGGCACCAUUGAGAUGGAAGCCAGCGUUAUGGUCUGUUCUCUUGAUCCUGCUGGACCGCCAGCCGGACGAAUCAAGCGCGGUGCAGCAGUCAGCCUUGUGCGGAACACGAGGCAUCCUAUCUUGUUAGCGAAGGAAGUAUUGCUUGCCGCAGACGAUGAUGGAGGAAUGGGCGGCACGAGCACCUUGCAUUGCCACUUGAGUGGGCCAGACGUUGAGCAAUGGGGUUGGAAGGAAAAAUCACUUGAGAAGAAGACGGAUCGAUGGUUUUGGACGAGGAAACGGUGGGAAGAGCAUCGACGAGGUAUACACCCACCGAGCGCUUAUACCUACGACGAUCUUUUGGCCUCCGUGGACCCUUUCGCGUCCACGUCCUGUGAAGACGGCGACAUUGAUUACGACGAGUAUCCCAGUCAAGGCACUGUUGGUGCAGUAUGUCUGGAUGCCUGCGGCAACCUGGCCGUCGCAACCUCAACGGGUGGAUUGACGAACAAGAAGGUAGGGAGAAUUGGAGACACGCCUACAAUAGGGUCUGGCUUUUGGGCAGAGAGCUGGGAAGAGGAUGCCCCAGCUGCGGCUUCAGCGUUGAUAAACCCGAAUUCGGAGGAGCAAAGCUCCGCACCUAUGAUCAACCAGCUUCUGGUGCAGGCUAGCGAUAUGCUCGGAUCGUGUCUCAACCUGUUCGAGACAGAAGGCAGACAUCGACGCCUACAAGAUCCACCUCCUUAUAGCCCGAGCCCAGCGCCGCUCUACUACCCAUUUCACUCUCCUCAAUCCCUUCAUUACCCUGGCGCUUCAGUUGUCCGGAAGCGUCGUCGCGCUGUUGCUGUGAGUGGUACAGGCAACGGUGACUCUUUCCUCCGCACCAAUGCUGCCCGAACCGUUGCUGCGAUGUGUCGCUUCUCUAAUGAUGCCUCCUUGGCACAAGCAUUGACAUCAAUUGCUGGUCCUGGGGGCGAGCUACAACAAUCCGCUGGGGAACGAUGGGGCCACACGGGUGAAGGGCAGGGCGGCAUCAUUGGUAUUGAGGUUGUCGAUCAAUCUAAACUAGUGACCGACGAAGGGCGAGGAGAUCAUAAAGAUCGUCUUAGGAAGAAGAGAGGUAAGGCAGUGUUUGACUUCAACUGUGGCGGCCUGUUCCGCGCUUUCUACGAGGUCGACAAUGAUACUGGCGAGGAAUUGCCCAGGGUCAUGGUGUUCAAGGAGGAAUACUGAGCACUCUGAAAUGCGUAAGUAGACUUCAGUUGAGUAUAUACAGGUAUAUCAUUGUCUAAUCUUCGCA